CGUAAGAGUAGCUUCUUAUAUGGAUGUCGAGCCGUACGAUUCGGUAUGUGCCCACGACCUCUGCUCCCGCCCAGCCUCGACCGCCUCGCACCGCUCCCGCACUGCCUCUGCGGGCGCAGCACUUCCUCGCCGAGCUGAGGUAACGAUCAAAAGAACGAGAUGGCAUGCAUGGCCUAUAGAUCCCCCCUCUGGGCGUCUGUGUGUGUAUGUGUGUGUGCCUGUGCAGCGGUGAGGCGCAGAUAUGGAUUGAGGGCGACCGGGCGUCGAACAGGAUGGCUCCGAAAAGACAGCAGCAGCCGGGCACGGUGCGGAAGGAUGAGCGGCCGAGCAGCGCCAGGCUCACUGGAAGGCCGCAGGAAACGCUCAAGGGUCCGAGGGUGGGAGGAGGGAAUGGUGAUACUGCCAAGGGUACUGUUGGCGACCGGCUGGUGCAGCACGUGCGCCGGGAUUUCGAGGCAUCGACUGACAGGCAAAGGGAGCUGGAGGCCAAGGUGAGUGAGGGAGGGAGGGAGUGGCCGGAUGGGUAUGCUGCAUUGCGUGCGUGGGCAUCAGCAUCAGUUGCGUGUGUUGAUUUCUUUCACCCAGGUCGCGUAUCUGCGUAAUGAGAUGACGCAGAUGCAGCAAAAGCUGCUGGACGAGAAAAAGGAGAACGACAGGCUAGACUGGGACAGAAGGUCAAGCGACCCACAGCAUCAACAAACAGGAGACCCCCUUUAUUUUAUAUACGUUUCUCGUGUGACAUUCCUGGUAUGUGUGAUGACUGCAGGAGUGAACGGCAGCGCGCCAGUGAGAUCGAAGGCCGCAUGCGGUCGCUCGUGGAAGAGUAGGGGGAAGGACAUGCAGCGAUCCCAAAUGGAUGCGCCCAUUGGAUGUCUUGCACAGGCGCGAUGUGGCCUCUCGCGAGCGUCGGCGGCUGCAGGAGGAGCUCGAUAAGAAGGACCAAGACCUGAGAAAGAUGCAGCAGGUCAGCAGGACUGUCCAUCAUGCCCCAUCAGCUGCCGGUCUGAUCUUGCCUCUCAGGCCCUGGAGGCCUCGAAAGAGGCUGACAGCAUCGCAGCGGAGCAGCAGCAGCAGGCCGUCAUAGACCUUCACGUGCGUGAGAAGGAAGAAAAAACUUGACGACCGUCCAUGGUUCAUUCAUUUGUGUGUCCAUUGGCAUUGGUCAGAAGAGCCAGGAGUCCCUCCGCAGCUCUCAGGCGCAGGUGGUGCGGCUGGAGGAGGCGCUGGCCAGCGAAGAGCGGCUCAAACAAAAGGCUAUCGAGGAGCUAUCACGGACUAAAGAGGAGCUCAGGAACGCACUCAAAAAGUACAAAACGACACAAUGACGUGCAGCGCACUGACCGAUUAUCGGUUUCCUUCGUGUGACACGUGUAUGUGGGUGAACAGGGUCACCAGUCUGACUGGUCAGCUGGUGGACGCGGAGCGGAGCAUCCGGAAAUACGACGAGGAGCUCAAGUCCAAGAACGCCAGACUGGGUAGGAGAAGGGGUAUGCGCCACACCACACCAGACCACACACACACGACCAUAGCAAACAACACGCCAGCCCGCACGAGGCUCACGUUGUUCACCUCCCUCCCUCCCUGACAGAUGCGUUGCGUUCUGCGACGGCCAAGAAGCAGCGAGAGGAGGAGGUGCUCCAGACCAAGAAAGGAGAAAUCAUGCAGGUAAGUGCGCCAUACUCUCUGGUGGACGGCGUCACAUCGGUCGGUGACAUGACAUGAAUGAUGUCUGUGUGGUGCUGUCUGUGUUGGCCUCCCUCCCUCCCUCCCUCCCCCCCAAGCAGCUUGAGCGUGCACUCACUGCUGCUGAGGUGGAGCUGCGCCGCCAGAACGAUAUGUACGUGACCGAGAACAGGGAGAAGCUGCAGGCAAGCGCAGACACACACGCACACACACACACAGAGAGAGAGAGAGAGAGGAACGUUCUGUCGGUCAGGCCCGUGAGGAGCUCUCCACGACCAAAGCGGCGCUCGAACACAUGCAGUGCGUGAGAAACGCCCACACACAUACGGCCGCACAUCAGCACGCACACCAUCUGAAGUGCAAUGCACCGUCCUCCUGUUCGUUCAGAGCUCAGCUGGAUGCCGCACACGCCGAAAUACACCAGCUGAAAGAGGUGAAGAGCCCCACGCCCCAUCCCCAGCCAGCCGACACGCACACCGCUCUGCUGUUGCUGCAUCGGUCGGUCAGAGCCGUGACCUCCUUCGCCGUGAGGUGGAUGCGUACGCGUCACGACCGGCGCUCCGCCACCGCUCCCCCAACCUGUCGCCCACACGAGGAGACGACGCCGGCGUGGCUGGCGCUGGUGGUGGUGUGGAUGGUGAGAUGCUGGAGAGCCUCAAGAAGGAGAACGCUGAGCUGCAGAGGAAAUAUCAGGUGCGGCAGAAGCUGGUGUCCCACCUUGUGGCUUCGAUGAUUGAUGUUUUCCGUGUGUGUGCGUGUGUGUGUGUUGCAGGAGCUCCUGACGACCAAGACCAAUGUGGAUCGCAAGGCGUCGACCAACAGCCGGGCCCUCAUGACGCUCAAGGCCACCAACCAACAGCUGCAGAAAGAGCUCGAUGAAGCCCAAAAGAAGUGAGUGAGGGGACGAUGCCCACACACAUGCGUCAACUGGCUGAUGCACCGACAUGUAUGUUUCAGAGCACUGGAUGAGAAGAGGCUGCGCGAGCGGUGCCACUCGCAGACCAUCGCCACACUCGAGAAGAAUCGCCUUCUGCGCGCCAAGACGGAGAAUCUCCAGCAGCAGCUCCAGGACAACGAGAGGCAAAUCCGCAAAAGCCAGACGCAAGACUUCUACCGACACGUGUCGCGGCCCCUCUUCUCUUCCACGCGCAAGCCCCUGUCUCAGUCUGCGAGGCCUCCCUUGCCCCCAGCACGACAGAAAACAUCAGCAGCGGGCAGCCCCGCCUUCUCUUCCCUGUCGGCAUAUCGCUUCCAGCUGGCCGGCGAUGGCGUCACAUCCCUCACCCCUUCACACGAGAGGGACCGCACCCCUGCAAGCCACCCGGCACUUGCAGCUGGUGAAGACGGCCCCCUGCCUCCCCCAUUGAGACGACACACAUAUGACGAGGCGCAUCACGUCAGCAGAGACGAUGAGCACGUGUGGGUAGAUGACACUGAGCCGGUGGCGCGGCCACCGCCAGUGCCAGUGCCAGUGCCGGAGAGCCAGACGCUGCUGGAGGCGGCGUCCAACUCGCCCUCGUCUAUGCGGUCGCCUGUGUAUCCCCCGCUCGAUGGCAAGAGGCCCUUCUCCACUGGAGAUGAAGAUGGUGCAAAGGGCGAGAGAGCUGACAAGGACGGUGGGACGAUCGGUGGUGUUGGUGUGCCGGGUCAGAGCCUAGCAUUCUUGCGAGACUAUGUGGAGAGGGAGGAGAAGAAAAAGGACCACAUACGCGUCGCCAGGUACUUAGGGAGGCUCCACAACCAAACAAGCACGAUUGAUCCCCCUCCCUCCCAAUCAUUCAUUCACUGAAUGCGUGUAUGUUUCCUUCAGGGCGCCGGACCUUCCACCGUCCGCUAGCCGCCCCACGGACUCCCAGUCCCCUACCAUCGUGGCCCAGAAGCACCACCGGCUCACCCCUCCCCCGUCCCCACACCUGGACCCUAUCAGCGGCGACCUCUCUGAGCGGAGACCGCCCCUGCGCAUCGGCAUCGACCUCCCGCCACCGCCGCCAGAAAUGGACAGCAAGGCGGCGGAGAGGUCAAGGCCGGUGCGUGCCGUUUCUGCUGCUGCUGCCGGUGCGUAUGGGUGGGAGGGGGAGUCGGAUCAGCUGCAGCAGCUGCUCAACUCGGAGCCUGCAAAGCUGAGAAUCUGAUGGGUGGCAACAGAUCGAUGGGAUGGGUGGUGGACCAGGUGGAGCGGUGAAUCGCUUUCUUGUGUGCUGUUUGUGGUGCAUAGCUCUGCGGACCGUGCAUGCA